CUCCACCUGUGUUUUCCAGAGUGGGCGGAGCCAGAGCUGCUGGGUCACAGAGUGCAGACCGACUGGAGGACAGAGUCAAACCUGGCAACAUGGAGGAGAAGUCAGGAGGAUCAGUGGGCCGCCAUGAAACGCUGCAGGAGCUGGCUUGGACCCUGAGCUCCAGUGAAAGGAACUGAAUGCUUCGGUAAACCAAGACAUUUUGGACGAUUCCAGGCUCCAACUGUGUGGGAACAGUUUGGAUCUGAACUCUUCCUCUUCCACCAUGAGGAAGAGGAGUUCUGGCUGCAGGCGGUGGACCAACGUCAUCAUGAACCUUAUGGAUCAGGAAUGGAUUUGAUUAAACUCUUAUGUCAUGUAAAGGUCACAGCUGAUCCUGGACAGCCGGUCUCUCUGCCCUGUAGAUCUGCUGCCAGUUCUUCUGUUAUCGUCGUUCAGUGGACCAGAACCGAUCUGGACUCAGAAUAUGUUCUUCUGUUCAGAGACGGUCAAUUUGAUGUAGAAAACCAGAACCCGUCUUAUCAGAACCGAGUGGAUCUGGUGGACCGACAGAUGAAGGAUGGAAACGUGUCUUUGGUUCUGAAGAACCUGACGACUGACGAUACGGGACUAUAUCAGUGUCAAGUCCAGAAUGAAGGAGACCUUGAUACUGAACUCAUCAGAACCAUCAAACUGGAGGUUCUUAGUCCAGAGAACAAAAAUGGAGGAACCAGCGAUGGAUCCACUGGACUGAUAGUUGGUCUGAUCUCAUUGGCUGUUGUUGUUGUUGUUGUUUAAUUUCUGAUCUAUAAAAAACAAUCUGCUUGUUUCAGGAAGAAAACCUCAGAUCCUCCAGUUGAUCUGUAGAUUUACUAGAAAUGCCUUUAAUCUGUGGAAAUGAUUUACAACAUGUGGAUGUUUAAUCCAUCAAAUAUGAGUUGAUUUUGUUUUGCUGACAGAUGAACCUUCUGCAGUCAUAAAUCAUGAUUUAAUUAUAAUAAAAUAGUUUUAUACAAUGAUUUCUGGACUGAAACUCUCAAAAGUGACAUUUUAGUUUUAGGUUGUUCCCACCAGUCCAACAUCGUUCACUUUAAUCUUUAAAAACUUCACAAUUAUUAUAAGAACUUCAUAAAAGAAGCUCAAUCAGAAGCUAAUUAACGUUUUAUUAUUGCAUGUAAUGAGCUUCUGUUUGUAUUUAUUGAAAAGAUCAAAUUGAUACUAAUCAACUAAUACAUGAUGGAAUCAGCCAUGUCUGAUUUAUUGGGUCUAAUUUAAAGAGUCAGAUAAAAAUAUAAUGUUCCAUAUUUUCCAAACUAUAAGUCAGUUUUUUAUAGUUUUGUUGACUCUGUGAUUUGUAAUCUGGUGCAACUUGCAUGUUUUCUGCUCAUGCUGCAGUUUUUCACAAUGCAAUUCUAUGAUGACUAAUAAUGAAAAAUACAGAAAAAUCAGUUCAACAUUUAAUAAAGUUUUGUUUCUUCUUGUUUUUCUCCAUUAUAUUUAUAUUUAUUAAAAGUAAAGCAAUGUUUUCAGACUUCAUCUUUUUUCUAUUAUGUUUAAAAUGUUUAUUGUUUUGCAUCAACUGGUUCCUUUUUUAGUGCUUUAUGUUGUAAAAUCAGUGUAAAUGUAACUAAUAAUGCAGCUAAGCUUGUUUACAUUUUAUUAUUUGUUUGUUUUGUUUUGCUCUUAUCUUCCCACCAGUCUCAUAUUUAAUAAAACUGUUAUUUCACUCUGAACAGAUUUAUGUUAAUCAGGACAAAGAUCACAGAUUCACCAUUUCAUUAUUAUUGAUGUUUAUGAAUAAUGACUGUUGACACUCAGGAAUGAAGGAAAAGUUGAACUGAAUAUCUAAACAAAAUAAAUCUGAUUUAUCCAAACCA